AUGUACCGGCGGAACCGCUCGAAUGCCCAAUCGCCGCUGCCCCAUCGGCGUCGUCGCUUGAGGAGCGGACUGGAGCCGCCCGCCGGCGAUCCCGACGACGACCGGAUGUGCUGGAUCUGCCUGACCGGCGACGAGGAGCAGCCCCGCCGGUCGGAUUGGCUGCAUCCCUGUCGCUGUCGCGGCACCAACAAGUGGGUGCACGAGUCCUGCCUGAGCCGCUGGAUCGACGAGAAGCAGCUCCUGGCGCCGGAUGUCCCGGUGACCUGCACCCAGUGCCGCACGGAGUACAUCAUAGUGAUGCCGCCGCUGUGCCGCUUCGAUGCUCUGCUGGAGCGCCUGGACAAAAGCUACGAGCGCCUGUGUCCCAGUGUCCUGAUGGGCAUCCUGGCGGCCACCGUCUACUUCUCGGCAGUGACCUAUGGGGCACUCACCCUCCUGGAGUUGGCAGGCUAUGAGACGGGCAUGCGGCUGCUCCAGGAGGAUCCCACCCUGCUGAUGAUCCUGCUGCCGUCGGUGCCGACGCUCCUGCUUCUGGGCAGGAUGGUGCGCUGGGAUGACGCCGUGAUCCGCUGGCUGCGACGCCACCAUCGCCUGGGUGUCCCCGCCGAUCAUCUGGACGCGUCGGGGGAACCACUGCCGGGGGCUCCUUUAGAUGAUGAGUACUUCGAUCAGCUGGAGCGCGAUCAUCCGGACUCCGAUGGUCAAGUGGGUGGUGCCUUCGGUUCGGAGCACCUGGGCCGCGCCUCCUCCAGCUUCUGCAUCGCCCUCGGCCUGCCCACCGUCGCCGUCAUCCUGGGCCAGUGCCUCUUUGCCAGGAUUUGCGAGGAGAACAAGCUGCUGGGCAUCCUCCUGGGCGGAGUGACCUUCGUGGCCGCCAAGGGACUGGCCAGUGUUUACCUGCGGCAGUCGCAGUAUCAGCGGAAGCGCCACAGAUUCGUGAUGGACUACACGCCGGAGAAUAUGUCACACCGGAAUCGGAAUUAA